GAGCGGGUUAAAGGCUAAAUUAUAGGACUAUAGGUAACUAUGACGGAUACAUGCUCCUUUAAAAGUAUCAUAAACGUAGGGCUUGCAACCAUGCAUGUAUGUUUUAUGGAAAUAUGUCACAGGUCCUUCGUGUGCAGUUGAAACCCUGUUUUAAUCAACAGAGACAGAAGCGCGUUCUGGGAAUUAAACAGAAUAGCAGAAUAAAUAGACUGACCGGGCGAGAUUUGGAGUGGAACGCGCACGGCCUUGACGAAGCAUUGCUUCGCUAUUUCGCUUGGAACAGAGGGUCGCAUAAAUGCCCGGUAAUCGCGCCUGUCUAUGCAGGUUUCAACCAAACCUUAACAAAGAAAGGAGUUGGGGGGGGCCUUAAAAUGACAAGCCUUGACGGUGGCAUGGCCUCUAUCAUGAAUAGCUCCAUCGCCUUUUCCAGUUCUCAACCUACAUGUCAACACCUUGUAUGCGGCAACCCAGUCGCCAAAUAUACUAAAAGACAUGCCUCAGUGUAGAGCAACGUUUGAUAAAGGUUCCCUUACUAGCACGCAGACCAAGCAUCUCCCGUGUAGAUGGACCUAUACAGGAAACGUCUGUUGCAUAAACGCGACGCGUUUUCCACGUAGUGCAGCCAGAUUUAUAAGUGCGCAUGCGUUGCACGUGAUAAAAGAGCACGCGGUUUCUGCCCCUCCGCGUAUAAGUUCACUCUAAAAAUGGAUAAUUUUUCCAUUGUAAAUCCUUCUUGGUACAAUUUUACUCAACCAUAAGGUGAAGAUAGAGAAAAAGUUUU